AUGCCUUAUAUUCUUCUACAAAGCGCGACUAUCCUAGUUCCCUCGGACAAGGCUGAUGACUAUGUUGUCCCUCUACGACAGCACUCCUUAUUGAUCGAGGGCAACAAGAUCGCACAAAUUGCUGCUCAUAUAGCCCCUCCAGAUGGAGCCCAUGUAAUCGACUGCACAGACAAGAUCAUUUCACCCGGCUUUAUUGAUACGCAUCAUCAUCUCUGGCAGACACAACUCAAGGGCCGCCACGCUGAUCAAUCUCUCGUUGAAUACAUGCCGAAUGGAAACAGCCAAUCGGUCAACUAUCAACCAGAGGACGUUUUCUGGGGGUACUGGGGGGAUGCCUUGAAGCCUCACUCCUCGAAUGAUAUUGAAGCGACUGUUGCCUCUGGUAUUCGCUCCGUCUUCUGUUAUGCACCGACCCUGAGAAUCAAGACGUGGAAGCCAGAAUUCACAUUCGACGGAGGUCUAUUGGAUGACUGGGUCAUUGAAAACUUCGAAAGACUUGGUGCAUCGGCCCCAUUUGGCAAUGGGCGAGUUCAGCUUGGCCUGGCAUUUGAUGGGUUUAUGCUACCCAAGGAACAAGUAGUCUCGCUAUACGAGCGAGCGCGCGCUAUGGGAGCCCAAGUUGUCACGUCGCAUUAUGUGCGGUCUUAUUUUGGUAAGAAUUUCAAUCCACCUCAAAAUGAAUCAUUCCUGACGAGAGAUGCAGGAUCAGGCUCGCUCGUUGACACACUAGAGGAACUCGGCCUUCUUGGUUCAGACGUCCUUCUUUCACAUGCAGGCAACCUUACAUCGAGUGAUAUUGAGAAGCUCAAUGAAGCAAAAGCAUCCAUUUCCACUACUCCAGACACGGAGCUUCAAAUGGGACAUGGCGAUAUUGUCUGCUUCAGAGAAGGUUGUUUUGGAAUCGGCUCCUUGGGUAUAGACUGUCACAGUAAUAAUUCCGGGGAUAUGGUAUCACAGAUGAGGCUUGCUUUACAGCAUGAGCGGGGUACUCGCAACGAAAAGCUCAUUACCAAAGGAAAGGCCCUUAAAUCGCUGAACUUGUUCGUCCAAGACGUCUUCAGCUUGGGCACAAUCAAGGGAGCCCGGGCUAUCCACAUGGAAGACAAACUGGGCUCUAUUGAAGUUGGAAAAUUAGCAGACUUGGUCAUAUUCGACGGCAACAGCCCUGGGAUGAUUUGUGCAGCCGAGCAAGACCCUGUUGCAGCUAUCGUCCUCCAUUCUUCGGUCCGCGAUAUUGAUACGGUAAUUGUCGACGGGGAGAUCCGCAAGCAGAAUGGAAACCUUCUACCAACAGAUAUCAACCCUUCGCUCCCCGAUGUGACUAUUGCGAGGCAGACAGUUGAGUGGAGGCAGGUCGCUAAGCAGCUUAUUUCAAGCCGGGACGCGAUUGAGGAUGCGCGAAAGAAGGCAAAUGCCGAUGAUCCUGAGUUUUUGGUCCAGGAAUUUAUGAAACUGAUGCACUUGGAAGAGGACAGAUUUGUCAAGAUGUAG